AUGAUUUCCAUAUUUUCGAUUCUCGUUUUUAUCGCUCAAAUCACUGUUUUCUCAAUUGGAUGUGCAGGUGGAUCCAACAAUAAUGGGAAUGAAAAACGGAGUCGUUUUGGAUUCCGAAGUGGAGCGAAAACUAAGUUCCACGUGAAAGGAGAUACGGAAGUGGCUACAUUAGGGCCGGUUUCAAUGGCAAGUACAGUGAGUAAAGUGACUGAAAAUGCAGAUGAAAAGAAGAUAAGUCAUCAAGAUACUAUUCGAACUGCAAAAGAUAAGACAACAGUGAAAUCUGAGGAUAAAACAUCUGAAAAGGAGAAUCCGAAAUCUCAGAAGACAGAGAGAAAAGGAGAAAAGAAGCCAUUGAUUUCCGUGGAACCGUCCGGAGAUUCUUUGGCAUUCAAAUUAGAAUCUGAAUCUCAAAUAAGAUUAACUUUCAAGAAUAUAUCAGACGAGAAGAUUAUGUUCAAGAUGAAAGUUUCUGAUCACUCUUAUAAUAUGAAUCCUGUUUUCGGAACACUUGAAAUUGGGGAAUCAUCAGAUGUAAUUGUCACUCAUACACCUUCUCAAUGCAAAGAAGCAAAAUUAGUUAUUGUCAAUUCUAAGUACGCUGGGGAUGUCGAUUUGGCCAAAUCAUUCAGAAAUCGGAAACCAACCGGAGGACCAAUCACGAUUAAUUUGGUAGCAACUUGA